UAUUGUCAAUGGAAGCUUCUUUCAUCACCUUCUUGUCAAUUUGAGAGAGAAGAAAAGAAACUGAAAUCAACUAAAGAAGAAGAAAAACCCUAAUAGUUGGAUUCCAUUCCAUUCCAUUCGAAUCUGAAUCUGAUUUUGAUUCGAAUCACUCACCAAUAACAAUGGUGAAGAAGAGUGUACCGGACUGGCUCAACAGUUCCCUCUGGUCCUCUACUCCGCCUCCAGACGACGAUCGUUUCCAACGCUACUCCUCCAAACCCAUUUCCACUACCACCGCCGCUGGAACCUCAGCCUCCGAGCCCCCGAGAGUGAAUCCGCCGGUCCCCGUGCCGCCGCCUUCCGCUGUGGCGGAGAGGGAACCUCCUUCGAGGCGUGAAAUUUCUGAAGAUUCGCGGUUCGGUGAGGAAGUGGUUAAUGGUGUGUCUAGUGCACCUUCCGCCGAGGACAUUUCCCGUCAGGCACAGCUCUUGGCCGAGCUAUCAAAGAAGACGAUGAAUAUGCGUGAAUUGAGGAGAAUCGCGUCGCAGGGUAUACCGGAUGGUGCCGGGAUUCGUUCGACGGUGUGGAAGCUCUUACUGAAUUAUCUACCGCCGGAUCGUAGUCUUUGGUCGACUGAGUUAGCUAAGAAGAGGUCACAGUACAAGCAUUUCAAAGAUGACCUUUUGAUGAAUCCUUCAGACAUCACAAGGAGGCUGGAGAAAUCGUCUAGUUAUGACAAUGAUGAGUCAAGUUAUGAGAGCCGCUGUUUGCUUUCAAGAUCUCAAAUAACUCAUGGGGAGCAUCCAUUGAGUCUUGGAAAGACCAGCAUCUGGAAUCAGUUUUUUCAGGACACAGAAAUCAUAGAGCAAAUCGACCGCGACGUGCAUCGCACUCAUCCGGACAUGCACUUUUUCUCAGGGGACACUCAGUUUGCUAAAUCUAAUCAAGAGGCUUUAAGGAGCAUAUUAAUGGUAUUUGCCAAGUUAAAUCCGGGUAUAAGAUAUGUUCAAGGGAUGAAUGAGCUUUUGGCACCUUUAUACUAUGUAUUAAAAAAUGAUCCCGACGAGGAAAAUGUGGCUAAUGCUGAAGCAGACACAUUCUUUUGUUUUGUCGAGUUAUUGAGUGGUUUACGGGACAACUUCUGCCAGCAGCUUGAUAAUAGUGUGGUUGGAAUUCGUUCCACAAUUACAAAGUUGUCUCAGCUUCUCAAGGAACAUGAUGAAGAGCUAUGGCGUCAUCUUGAGAUCACAACCAAAGUCAACCCCCAAUUUUACUCAUUUAGAUGGAUCACCCUCCUCUUGACCCAGGAGUUCAAUUUUGCAGACAGUCUUCACAUCUGGGACUUUCUUUUAAGUGAUCCUGAAGGUCCUCAGGAAACCCUUCUCCGAGUGUGCUGUGCCAUGUUGAUUCUCAUUCGAAGACGACUAUUAGCCGGUGAUUUCACCUCGAACCUCAAACUGUUACAGAACUACCCUCCAACGAAUAUCAGUCAUCUUCUCUACGUCGCCAACAAGUUGCGAACGCAACCCUCUGCUUGAUCGACUCGCCUUUCGUUUUCCUUUUUUCAAUGAGUUUUAACUUUGUACUACUGCCUGUGCCGUGCCAUUGUAUAGUAGUCCAUGUAAAUGUUUCAAGGGAAGCCAUUUAGUUUAUUCUUCUCUUUGGGCAUAUGACUUUUAUUUAGUAACAAUAUUUAAAUUGUUAAUUUUAGAUUGAAGUGAUAAUAAUUUAGUUUGGUAUUUUCUA